CGUACUGCACGCUGUACGUUUGGGGACUUCGCUGUUAAGCUGAGCCUAACAGACCCGAACCAGAACCACAGGGCGAGGCAGCGGCUUCGAGCUCAGACAGGAAGAAAGAAUCAAUUUAAAACUUCAAGUCUAAGUCUGGUUUUUCUUGGAGGUGUAUUUUAGAGGACUUCUGAACACCAAGAUGUAGUUCCUCCUCAUGUGAAAUUUUACGUGUAGCACAAGACUGAACCUCCCACUUCUAACUUUACUGCACAGAAGGAAAUAGGGGUGAGCUCGCUAGAAAUGGAGAAAUCAAGUUGCUUUUCUUCAGCUCGAAACAUCCUGUGUCUGUUUGACGUGGACGGCACACUGACACCACCAAGAGAAAAAAUCGACCCAAAGCUGGACGAGUUCUUCCGGACUCUGCGGAGGAAAAUGAAGAUCGGCAUCGUCGGAGGGUCAGACUACCCCAAGAUAGCGGAGCAGCUUGGGGAAGGAGAUGAUGUGAUACAUAAGUUUGAUUAUGUGUUUGCUGAGAACGGAACAGUUCAAUACAAAGAUGGGAAACUCCUCUCAAAGCAUGCGAUCCAGAACCAUCUCGGAGAGGAGCUGCUGCAAGAUCUCAUUAACUUUUGCCUCCGAUACAUGGGGCUCAUUAAACUGCCAAAGAAAAGGGGCAUUUUUAUCGAGUUCAGGAACGGAAUGAUUAACAUUUCACCCAUCGGUCGCAGCUGCACCCUGGAGGAGAGAAUAGAAUUUUCUGAAAUUGACAAAAGGGAGAAGAUCCAGGAGAAAUUUGUUGCUGCCUUGAAAAAGGAAUUUGCUGGAAAAGGGCUGCGCUUCACCAAAGGUGGUCUCAUCAGUUUUGAUGUUUUCCCCGAGGGCUGGGACAAGAGCCUGUGCCUGGAUUUGCUGGCCAUCUACUUCUUUGGCAAUGAGACCUCAGAUGGAGGAAACGACUAUGAAAUCUUCAACGACCCAAGGACGAUCGGAUUCACGGUCUACUCUCCCGAGCACACGGCGCGGCUCUGUCGAGAACUUUUCUUUGAUGCUUCUCCACAUCUCAUCAUGAUACCUUCGGCCAAAAACCCCUCUGAUAUGGAUGGCAACAUGACUAUUGAUCGCAGGGUUUUAAUGAACUGCUGAAUGGUAAUACUACUGAUCUCCCCUUGUUAAUAAUAUUAGUUUAAUAUAUGAAUGAAAGAUGGAAGGUUGGUCUUUAUUUAAAGAAAUGGACAGUUGUUAUGGAAUACUGUGCCAAAAACUGUUUCACUUGUGCGAUAAGUAACAUGUAACCUUGAAUCUAACCCAAAAUUAGCAGGAAUGUUCAUCUUGCACGUUAGUUUGGGUAUGAAGCAAUAUUUUGUACUAAUGCUGGGAUCCUUUUAUUCUUCUUAUUGACAAACCCACUGCAGUAUGUGAGAAGGAUGGAAGAGAAUGGGAUUAAAACAUGGGAUUAUUUUUUGUUUUUUUUGGUUGCUCAGAAAAAUUUGAUGAACUUGUUGAAACAAAGACCUCUCUUCUUUUAAGGUUUAGGGUGAACCAAAGACAAACAACAUUCUUGGUGCUUUAAUUUUUAAACUGGAUCUCUUUCAGUAUUUUAACUGUUUAACAUUUAGUGUCAAAUAUUAACAUCAACUUCUCAAAGUCAUGAAAAAGAUAUUAACUCCUUUUUUGUGUUCACUGUGGGUCUUUAAAUGCAUUUAAGAUUUAGCAGAUUUUAAGCAAAGGUUAAAUUUUUUAAGUGCAGUUCUGUUGAGAGGUUGUGAAUAGUCAGUAUCUUACCUACCACUUGAUAAGAUGAAAGAUUAAUUGGGUAAAAAUGAACUUAAUCCCUAAAUAUUUUAGUAAAACAAAUAUUUCAGUAUGAAAGGUCAUUGUUACCGUUCGCAGGCUAACACGGUCUGAGUGUAAAUUCGAUUCAAAUAAAUAUCUAAUGCUAAUAAAGUCACUGUCUACAUUAACUAGACAUCAGCUAGAAAUCCAAUCUCUUUCAUCAAACCAAAGAUUGUAAGAGACUUAUCCACUGCAGGUAGGAUACUUCAUGCUCUUAGGCUCUCAGCAGAAUCCCAUCUUCAAAACAUCUGGGCCCGUAUUCACGAAGAAUCGUAAGACUAAACGUAGCUCCUAGUGACGUCAUUCUAAGAAAAAUCUCAGAAUUUCACAAAUAUUAUGAUUUUUCUUAGAAAUUCCCCAUGGUCAGAUAAAAGUUAUUUAUGAAGCAUCUUAGGCCUUAAGAGAGCUCCUAACAUGAGGAAAUGUUAAUAGUAGCGACAAGGACUUCUAGUGAGCUUAAGAGUGUCUUAAGCAGAGAUGAUGGUGGAAAGACCAAGAGAAAGGAGAGAUAUUCUCCAAACAAUGAAUAACAGUGAAUUAAAAUGCUACCAGCUCUAUCGCGCAGGGAUUCACCCCUUUAAUAGUCAAGUAAAUGAGAACAUAAACUUCUAUAACAAUCAUACAAUAAUUAAUAUAGAGAUUAGAUUAACUUUAUCAUUCCCCUAUAGGGCGAAAAUAAAUCGUUUCAGCAGCAGGACAGGUUAAUGGUGCACCUCUAGUAAAGUAAUAUUAGGAAGGAUAAAUAAAUAAUAGAAACAAUAAUGAAUAACCAUGAAUAAAACGUGAACAACACUACAAACAAUAUCGUGCAGAAUUAUUUAAAUAUUAACAGACUGUAAAAUGCUUUCACAAACUUAAUUAGGAAAAAACUUGAAAAUAUAUACAAACUCUGCAAGAUACAGUACAAUAAUAUAAGCACUAUAUACACAGAAGGAAGAUGUAAAUGAGGUGAAGAAGUAGUUGCUGUAUUGUUCAUGAUGAUGCCAAAACAACUGAAAUAGAUCUUGGAUAACUGUAAGAAAGUGCUGAAAGAUGCUGAAAACAAAUAUAUCUUAAGACCCUUUAAACAAAUUAUAAGAAACUCUCGAUUAAAGAAAUAACUGAUAAAAUAAGAAGUGUUUUAAGACUUUUGCACAAUACUGGGUGUUCAAAAAUGAUAAAUGGCUCAGUGAGAAAAUUAAUCUCAACCAGUGAAUUGAGCUACUGUGACUGUGUCACUAUUUUAACUUUUUUUUUUUUUUUUUUGGCAUUAGUGGCCUUUUUAUUAUUAUUUUUUUUAACAAUAGGCAGACAGGAAAGAGGGGUAGAGAGAGGGGGAGACAUUCGACAAAUGUCGCCGGGUCCAGGACUCAAACCCAGGACGGCUGCUUCGAGGACUGUAGCCUCCCUAUAUGGUCGCACGCUUAACCCGUACACCAUCAGCGCCGCGACCACUAUUUAAACUUUUAAGACAAAAAUAUUUGAUUGAUCUUUAUCUGCAUGUUUAGCUAUCACCAGUAAUUAUUUUCAUAAAGUGUUUAAAGCAUUAAGAUGUUUUGUGAUUGCUGAACCUUGCAGCAAAAGAAAUGUUAAUUACAUAAAGUUUCCAGAGUGCUUGUUUGGAACCAAUUUUCUGAGCUUGACAACAUUUUAUAAAAUGUAUGGUCUUUUCCACCACUGUUUUAAGGGAUUUUAACCAGGUUUAGGGAAUACAUAAUUUAUGGUUUGGGAACAGACCACCCUCAUUAAAAAUCUGACCAUCCACACUCCUUCAACCUGAAGGGCUACAGGGGACUUUUAACUGCAUAUCUGACAGUUACCUUAUAAUGUGUCUGUGGAAGUAACUGUUGGUUUUUCAGCCAUUCAUGGAGAAAAAGAAGCUACUUAAUGUAAUAAAUCCCGUUUUAACCUCU